UCAAGAAAGCGUUUGUCAGGGUGUGCAGGUAGACGCUGCCUAGUUUCCUGACAGAGACGGGUGUGCAUGUGUCGGAUUCAAACAUCCUGUAUUUGCUCAACAAAAGAAGAAGAUGGAAUUAUGUUCAUAAACUUCACCACUUCCUGAGGAUUAACUGUCGAACAAAGGAGCAAACACAAAAGCAGACAAAGGCUGGGGAUAUAUAAACAGGACAAAUAGAAACAUUUCGGUCCAUCUUAACCAGAUCUUCCAAGAUGCCACUUCGAGCAUCGUUGCACAGAAAGCCAUCCUCUGGCCGCUGGCCCAGCAGGAACACCAAGCGCAGGGAGGUGCUGUCUGUCAACAUGAUUAGCCUACCACUGGCGGAUUUCCGUCACAUCUCACAUAUUGGCAACGAUGCCCACACAGACAGCUUUGGAGACCUGUCUUUCUUAAAGAUGGGCCACGGUCUGCUUCUGCAGAGCUCCCAGAGUGAGCAGAACCUCUUCCUGGCCUGCUCUCCACCGCCAAAGCCCCCUCGUCUGAACCUCGAUGAGGCCGAGGGCUCAGAGAGCCCUGACUGGCAUGUGCGCCACCUGCACAACGCGUCCCAGAAGAGAAAGAAAUGCAGCUCUAUGCCACUGCUGGACAGGGAGGAAGGGGAAGCAGAGAUGGAAAAGGAGGAUGGGUACCAAAGUGGGAAUAAUGUUGCUCCCAAUCUGGACCACAGCCUCGGACGGGGCAGCCUGAAUUCAGACAAGGAUGAGGACUCCACAGAGACCUGUGACAAAAAUGUUGGACAGCACAAGGAGGAGGACAGUGGCUUUUCAUUCAGCUUUGAUCUGGGCCCUUCAAUCCUGAAUGAUGUUCUCCAGGUGAUGGACAAAUGCCCGUAGCCAGGAGUUACAGAAAGGCUUUACUAAACAUUCAGAGUAUAGGGGAGACCCACUUCCACACACGCCUGAUUUUGUGGACAAAAUGAAUAUCCUCAAGCUUUGGUUAUCGUUGAAAUAGAUCCAGAGAUAUAUGAUGGUAUAAUCCCAGUCCUAGUAUAGUAUAGGCAAACUGGUCUUACCUAUGUUUUAAUGGAGGUAAACUACACUGAAAAGACUGAUACACAGGAUGAAAUAUUCUGCCUGUUUUGAUUAUUAUGUGACUUGUUUUAAUGUGACAGCACAGCAAUUUAGCGUAACGUUUUAUAGAGCACCCGAUAUUUUGUCAAUAGCACACUGUGGUCCACAGCAUUUGUGUAAAAGAAUAAUUUAUAAAAAAACACUAAACAAAGUUAAUGUCCUCCUUAGGUACAAAGUUUAAGUUCAUUAUUUAAAUUCAAAUGUGAGAAUCCAAGAGGCACAUUUUCAGCUUCUUUGACUUUCGAAUAUUGAAAUUCCCUAAAACCACGCAGCACAGCACUGAAGACGGCUGUUAAGACUUAAGAGUGUUGUGUUUAAGAAAAGAAAAGCUGCGGCUGGAGUCCAAGGUCCUCGAGCUGUGAUGUCUUGGCUCUUGGCGUGCUUGCCAAUCUAUUGUGUGCAGAGGGCAAUUUUUCCUCCGCACGCAUCCCAGAGGCCCCACUCAAAGGUAGACCGAGGUACCCCCUCAUUCCCAACAAUGCAGUGAAAACAAACACUUAGCCCUGCUUCCAAUAAAAGCCAGCCAGUGGUGGCAGGUUGGGCUGCAGACCAAGCCAGGCCACAGGUCCAAGACCUUAGACCAAGAAAAAAAAAAAAGCCGAAGCAGGCUGUUUUCUUAGCUGGAAAUCAGAGUCUGAUAGUGAGUGGCGCACAAGAAGGAAAGUGGUAAAGAGUAACGUGAUACUUCCACAUAUGCAGGGGGUGUCGAGGGAGGAGGACCAGAGACAUCCAUUACUGCAUCAAAAGUCCUGAUGAGGGUUUAAACACUACCUUCUGACCAAACAGACAGUCGACACGUAAAAUAAGUGGUUGUGCCAAACCAAGAUUUGUACAGGCCAGCUAGGUCCACUUUGCCCAGGUCUAGAGAGGAGAGAGUCCGGACAGAACCUCAGUCUGUGCCAUAGUGGGGGGUUGCCAGGAAAGGCUGUGGGGCAAACCCAGAACCAGUCGCAUUCCUACGUUCCCCACGGGUCAUGCUGUGAAAUAUAGGAACCACAAGUGUCAUACUUCUAGCAAUAGAUUUAGAAUUCUAUGUACGUGCAAACAGAAACAGCAAUGUUUGUGGAUACGUCUGCAGUGUAUAUCUGUUUUGUCAUUUCUAAUUAUAUAUCAGAUAUUACUGACCAUCUUAUGACAAUAACAUAAUGUGAAACCUUUUUUUUCUUGCAAUGAAAAAUGUACCGUUUUGUAUUUUGGAGAA